CUCAUGUUCUGAUUUUAGAACAACCUUCGUAUCUAGUGUAGAUCUCUAUGUGAUUGCAGGAACUGCAGAGACACAGGUAGGUGACAUCCGUGUCGUCACAUCAAAGAAAGAAGGCCUUGAAAGAUAUAUAAGAGUCUUGAUUGACCACCCAUUAUCUCUAUCAUCACAACACUUCUAUCCCAUCCACUACUACAAUACAACAAUCUUGAUAACCCUCAACCACCUUCUACUACCUUCAAACAAACAACCAACACAACAACCAUCACAAUGAAGACUGCCGCCAUCGUCUCCCUCGCUUUCGCCCUCGCUGCCUCCGCAGCUCCCACUCCUGCUGCCUCUGGCUGUGUCGCUAAGGACAACGCUUGCCGUGCCUCCGACCCCGUUACUGGCCUUUCUGCCAACCAGGCUCAGUGCUCUUCCGAGAACGCUUCCUGCCAGGGCGACUGCUACGAUGCAUACAACGAGUGCCGCUCUGCACCCGAUGCCAACAUGUCUUACUGCGCUUCGCAGUACGCUGGCUGCCUCGGCCAGAACCCCUUCGGUUCUGACGGCUCUCUCGUCAUCAAGCCUGCCGUCAAGGCCCGCUCUGAGGAGAACUGUGUCGCUAAGGACAACGCCUGCCGUGCCAGCGACCCCGUCACCGGUCUGAGCGCAAACCAGGCUCAAUGCUCUUCCGAGAACGCUGCUUGCAAGGGUUCUUGUGACGAGUCCUACAACGCCUGCAGAACUGCCCGCCCCAACGGUCUUUCUGCCAACAUGGCCCAGUGUGCUUCCGAGUACGUCGGCUGCCUCGGCGAGAACGUCUUCGAGAAGCGCUCAGCUCCCGCUGGUGCCUUUGGCGGUCUUGCCAUCCACUCCGGCUCUGACAUUCAGUACGCAUCUGUCAACGCUGCUGGCUCCACCUUCUGGUUGAACAAGGACUCUUCCGUCUACUGCCCCAAGGUUGACGGCCUCGUCUGCUCAAACACCACCACCACUCAAUUCCUCGGUGGUGACAACACCCUGAGCCUCGAUACUACCGUUCCCGGAGGUCAGCAAGUGUACAUCGCUGCCGACGGUAGACUCUCCUUCACUGUCCCUCACUCCGCAUACACUGGCAAGGGCUCCUCUUCCACCGGCUUCAGCAUCGCUCAGGAGGGCCAGCACCUCCAGUACCAGGGCUCUGACUUCCUCGCCUGCCCCGUCGACGACGCCUACGCUGUUUUCGCCGCUGCCGCUAUGAAGAGUUCCUCCGAGGACUGCCUUGGCUUCGCCUUCAGAAUCUCCGAGACCUCUGCUCCCGCUGCCUGGGAGUACUCUUAAGCUAUUCGCCUCCUGGAGAGAGUUUAGCACAAAACUGCCAGUUUGAUCCUUUUUGAUUUGGCUUUUCGAACAUUUCUGGCAUAGCAAGCGUUUUAUUUUGCACUCUACACAUUCGCUACAUACCCUUGUUUUUACCAUUGCAUAGCAUCUUUGUACAUAUUAGAACUUUUUAGAUUCAGACAAUUGAGAAUUAUAUCUCUUGCAUACAACUUCUUUCCACCU